GGGCGCGCGAGGACUGGGCGUUCCACAGGCCAAGUGCUCUGUGCUUGGUGCGUGCCAGCCAGGGCUGCGACCAAGCAGACGAGGACAGGCACUGAGGGGGCGCGGCCGUCGGCCGGACGACACAGCGAGCGAGAGGCAGGAGCAAUCCACAGCCGGACAACCAGCGCAUUGGCAAUGGAGCGCCUGGUCGCCCGCCGCACCUAUCCCCUGUUCGCGCGCACCAGCGCCUGCCGCAGCCUCUUCGGGCCCGUGGACCACGAGGAGCUGAGCCGCGAGCUGCGGAUCCGCCUGGCCGAGCUGAGUGCCGAGGACCAGCGCCGCUGGGACUACAACUUCCAGCAGGACAUGCCACUGCGCGGCCCCGGACGCCUGCAGUGGACCGAGGUGGACAGCGACUCCGUGCCCGCCUUCUACCGCGAGACGGUGCAGGUGGGGCGCUGUCGCCUGCUCCUGGCGCCCCGGCCCCGCCCGGACGGUGCGGCUAAUAGCCCGCCCCCCGGGCCGCCGGCCGAUGAGCCCCUCGACGGCCUCGGGGAGGCGCCGGAGCCGCCGUCCAGCGGUGCGGCCGUGGCGCCCGCCCCGGCCCCAGCCGUAGGGCCGCAGGAGAGCGAUGAGGAGGAGGCAAUCCCGCCGCCGCGCAGCCAGGAGCCCCUUGCCGAGCCGCUGCACUCAGGGAUUUCGGGGCGCCCCGCGCCGGGCACUGCCGCCGCGGCCGCCACCGCCGCUGCCGCUGCCACCACCGCAGCCGCCGGAGGCGCCGCGAUGAAGAAGCUGCCCGGGCCUCUCAUCUCCGAUUUCUUCGCGAAGCGCAAGAGACCUGCGCCCGACGCCAAGGCGUCCAACGAGGUCCCCGCGGGAUGUGCCGCGGCUGGGGCCGCUCCGACCGUCGGCUCGGCGGAGCAAACCCCGCGCAAGCGGCUGCGGUGAGCCUCACGGCCAAAGAGCCUCGAGGGAGCCCGCUGAGCAGCGGACAGGAGAGGAGCUCUGGGCCUCGGCUGGGACCGUCCAUGUAGCAGCAACCGGCGGCAGCUGCCAACGGAGCAGCGUUCGGUUUUUUUAAAGUUUGAAAACUGUGCAAUGUAUUAAUAACGUCUUUUAUAUCUAAAUGUAUUCUGCACGAGGAGUACACUGGUCCCAAGGUGUAAAGCUUUAAGAGUCAUUUAUAUAAAAUGUUUAAUCUCUGCUGAAACAGUGCAAAAAAAUGAAAAAAGAAAAAAAAAAGGAAAAAAGAAAAAAACCUGUAUAUUUGUACAAAAAGUUUUUAAAGUUAUACUAACUUAUAUUUUCUAUUUAUGUCGAGGCGUGGGCCGCUCUGCCACGCCAUAGCUCGGUUAUUGGUUAUGCCAAAGGCACAUCAUACCAUCUGGUUAUCGACAAAUGUAAAUUUAUUUUUCUAGAAGAUUCUGGGGAAUAGGGGGUCGCUCACAAGCUGUAGCUGCCGUACAAGCCCAUCUAGCUUGCAGUCUCUUCGCGCUUUCGCUGUCUCUUUUAUUAUUAUGACUAUUUUAAACUUGAAGACAAAUCUGUUAAAAUGGUUCCUGAGCCGUCUGCACCACUGCCCCGGCUCCUCGUCCGCCGGGUUCUAAAUAAAGAGGCCGAAAAAAAAUGCUGCAUCUCA